UGGCGGAGCCGCGCCCCUGCUGACCUCACCCGCUCCGGCCCUGUCCGAGCGGCCGCCGCGCCUCGGCGGCGAAGUUCCGGCCCAGCCAUGGCAGCCGCGCCCUCCGCCGCCGCAGAGCUGCCGGUGAAGCCGCUGCAGGGCGCCAUGAAGCUGGCCAAGGCUGCCCUGGAGCUGGACGCCGGAGACCGGCCGCGGGAAGCCUAUGUGGAAUAUCUAAAGAGCAUCAGCUACAUCACCCAGGUUCUCCUGGAAGAGGCCACGACUGGGGAUGAAAAUGACCUGGUGCCGGACACCCCCAAGAUGCUGAAGGUAGCGGAGCAGUGCCUGGAGAGGGCCAAGAGCAGCGUUUCUAAAAUAGGAAAGGCCAAGGCCAAGCUGGUGGGGAAGAAGGGGGGCCCUGCUCCCGUUUCCAGGCACCGCAGAGUCUCCUCGGAUGAAGGCAGGAAGCUUUCGCCCUUUCUGCCUCCUGAGAUGUUCCAAAAGCUGCAGAUCUCUCAAGUGCAGAGCCCCAGGAACAGCAGAGAGCUGAGCCCCCUGGAAGAGGCGUCCUUGCAAAACCAGAAGCUGAGAGCUACCUACGAGGCCCGGCUGGCCCGGCUCAACCCCAACCAGGCGGUGCAGAAGACCUCUCUGACCCUUUCUCUGCAACGGCAGAUGAUGGAGAACUUGGUGAUUGCAAAAGCCCGGGAAGAAGCCCUCCAGAGAAAGAUGGAGGAGCAUCGCCUGCGCCUGCAGGAAGCCGCCAACAGGAGGUUCUCCAGCAAUGCGGUGCUGACCCCAGAAGAGCAGGAGCAGCGCGCCAUCUACGCGGCCAUCCUGGAGUACGAGCAGGACCACGACUGGCCAAGGCUAUGGAAGGCCCAGUUGAAAGAGCAGCCCAGCGACCUGUCCUUGGUGCCAAAGCUUCUCUCGCACCUGCUCAGCUUUGCGGAUCAUCCCAUCUGCCAGUUGCUGAAGAAGCUGCAGUGCUCGGCUUACCACCGCAUCUACCCUCUCAUCAGCCAGAGCAGGACGACGGAGGCCUCGCGCGGUUGGUCCCUCUCCUCCUCGCUGGAUGCCGAGGCCUUCCUGCCAGCGGCCACCGAGGGGCGGAGGCUGCGCUCCUCCCAAAGCUUGCACUCCAUGUUUUCCGUCCAGGAACACAACAAGUUGAACCUCCGCCAUAGCAUCUCUGGCACCCCCUUCAUUGAGGACCAGAGCCUCUUGCUCCCCCCCCAAGAAGGACGGGGGUCCCCCCCCUUGGCUGACCGGGAGAGCUCCUUCGAGGACCUGGAGCAAUUCUUGUCAGCCUCCGAAGCUCAGCCAGCAGGGCACCUGCAGAGCCCUUUGCCGGGGAAGAAGGGCUCCCAGCAGGAGGCCCUCAAGGCGGUCGUGAAGGAGAUUCACAACUCCAUUGACAGACUCUUGUCCCUGACCCUGCUGGCUUUCGAAGGCCUCAACACGGCGGCCGCCAAGGACCAGUGCCUGGCACGGCUGGAGGAAGCCUUCUUUGGCCCACUCUGGGGGCCCCUCUUGACAGUGUACAGGACUGUCUACAGGGCCCUGGAAGAGGCUCUCUCCAGGAGCAUGGAGCUGCGCAGGAAGGCCUCUCCGGCUGAGAUGGGCAUCCCCUCCAAGCUGCUCCCCAAGGCAGCAGGGCCUCCCCCAUACGCUGCAGCCGUGCAGGAACUGCUCCUCCUCCCGCUCAGCAGCUGCCCGCAGAAGAAGCUGGAGUGCAUCGUGAGGACCUUGCGAGUCAUCUGUGAAUGUGCAGAGGAAUAUUGUGGGAGCCGACUCCAACCAGUGUCCGCCGCUAUUGGUGCUGACGACCUCUUGCCCAUCCUGUCCUUCGUGGUCCUCCAGAGCAACCUCCCUCAGCUGGCCUCCGAGUGUGCCGCCCUGGAAGAGUUCAUCCACGAAGGGUACCUGAUUGGGGAGGAGGGCUACUGCCUGACCUCCCUGCAGAGCGCCCUCUCCUACGUGCAGAGCCUGCAGGGGCCUGUGGGGCCCCGGAAGUAGCAGAGCUGCCGGUGGGGGGGGCUGCCCCUCCCUGAGCCGCCUCACGAAGGACCCCUCCCUCCUGCCACGCUGCUCCCUGGGAGGCUUUUUGGAGGACUGGGGAACUGAGCAG